UUUUGCAUGGUCCUUACCGUACAAUCGAUAUCGAUGUUCAAUUUCCAGUUACUAAAUUUAAACAUUUAAAAAAUAAACACACGUCAUUAGAUGUUUUCCAAAAACAAGUGAUAUCGAAAGUAAAUAACCUCACAGGGACGUGAAUGUUCAGAAUACCGGUACUGCCUAAUAAUGGCGAGAGAAUAUUCUUUUGCUGAUCGGAUAUUAAAUCCGGAAAUGUUUCCCCAAGUCUGUGAAAUAUGUCAACCACAACGUCGAUUUAGGACACCAGGGGAUAAAGCUAAGCAUGAUGGAAUGAAACAUGGUUCAAUUCAACAACAGGCAGUUCAUUCUUCUCUAAUACUCCCUGCACACAGCAGUGCAUCGAACCCAUCAUCCAGUUCUCCUCUCAGCACGGUCACAACAAGCGAUUUAAACGCAUUUGUGAAGAAUGAAAUCGAACCUGAUGCAGAAUACAACGCCAGUUGCAAAGCAGUAGUUCAUCGUCUUUGCCAAUUCAUGAAAAACAACUUUCCUGAUGAAUUGAGACCAUCAGAAAUUAUCAAGAGUGGGUCUCUUGGAAAGGGAACGGCGGUAAAGGGAAAGUCAGAUGCGGACCUUGUUGUCUUUAUGGCGCGUUUUCACUCCAUAUCUGUCCUGCGCGACUCUCUAAACAGGAUUUUGGACAGGAUGAAACUGUACCUCGGCACUCACGCUGGUUGUACUGUGGAGGGAACUACUGCCCACGCUGUCAAAGUCUCGCUGUCAUGUCACGCCGGUCAUACUCAUGACGUUGACAUUCUGCCAAGUGUUAAUGUUCUAGGGACAGGAAGUAAAAGAGAAAUUUACAAGACGAUGGGCGCCCAUUCGCCAUUUCUGCGUGAAUACUAUUCCGCGGCACUAGCCCCACUACAGAUUUCGUUUGUUUCCGGUGUUCCGACAAAAGUGAAAACUUUGAUACGCUUGGUCAAAUACUGGAGGAAAACCUGCUUUGAAGAGAGCACCGGGAGACAACGACUGCCAUCCUCUUAUCCACUGGAAUUGAUAACAAUUGGGGAAUGGGAAGACGCUGGAGGACCAGUCAAUUUUGACCUGCGGAAAGGGUUUUACCAUGUAUUGCUGUCCAUUGUAAACUACAAGAGAUUGAAACAUGCAUGGAAUACUAAUUACAAUGCCGACAAAUACAUCAGUGAUGACUCCUGCUAUGUGAUGGAUCCAGCCAACCCAUUCAACAAUGUAAUGGAGGCCUGUAACUGUUGGGACCUCGUAGAGAGCAACGCUAGACAAUUCCUCCGCAAACCAUUGUUUAGUGGAUUAUCCACCUCUAGUGGAUGGAUAUAAAUAUAUAAUACAUGUAACUCUCUCAUUGGAUUUUUUGCAUCUUGAAAGCAUUUUUAUUCAUUUCAGAUCCCUACAAAGCUACAUGUUGUGAAAUUACAUUGAUAAUACGUUGACUUUGGAAUAUAAUCCACGAGUGUGUUAUACAUAUUCAGACUGGACACUAUAGUUACAUGUAUGCUAUUUACUUGAAUUAUAGAUACAAUGUAAAGAUAAUGUACGUAUUUAUACUAUGUUUGAUAUUGACGUGGUUGUGACAUUUGAGCACCUGCAAUUGUAAUUCAUAGUAAUGUUAUAGCUUUCGAGUAUAUUUUCUGAUCCUUCAGUGCCUGGGUCUACAAAUAAAACAAAAUAAAACAUUACAUUCUG